UGUGUGUGUGUGUGUGUGUGUGUGUGUGGGGGAGGAGGAGGAGGAGGGGAUGCGUCUCAGCUCAUCUGCAAAGUGCAGUGCAGAUCUGCGGCACGGAGCAGCAGGGCGGCGGCAGCGAGGAGACACAAGUGCUGAAGAGAAGUUUAUCCGGACAGGACUCUCUCCCACCCGGAGCCGCUCCACCACCCGCCGCCCAGAGAGGCCAGAAUCCGGCUAGAUGGCCAGUCCAGGGGCAGAGGCAGGACGGCACCUCCAUCUGCAGCAGCUGCAGCAGCAGCAGUGUGCCGAGUCAGCCUCGGAGCCGGCCGUCCGAGAGUCUCAGAGAUGGAUUGAGGCUGUCACUGGCAGGAAUUUUGGGGAGAAGGACUUCAGAGGUGGUCUGGAUAACGGCAUCCUGCUGUGCGAGCUGCUGAGUUCUAUUAAACCAGGUCUUGUGAAGAAGAUAAACAGGUUGCCUACUCCAGUAGCUGGCCUGGAUAACCUGGCACUCUUUCUGAGAGGUUGUGAGGAGUUGGGACUGAAGGGCUCUCAGCUGUUUGACCCCGGAGACCUGCAAGACACACGCACCAACAACAAGAGCUCAGACUGCAACAGGAAGCUGAAAAAUGUUCUAAUCACCAUCUAUUGGUUGGGCCGGGCAGCCAAUAGCAGUGCCACCUACAACGGGCCCACUCUGGACCUAAGAGAGUUUGAAGGGCUGCUGUCACAGAUGCGAAAGGAGGGGGAGGACUGGGACAGUCCUAAGCGCAGUAUCAGGGACAGUGGUUACAUUGACUGCUGGGAGUCUGAGCGCAGCGAGUCUUUGUCGCCGCCGAGGCACGCGCGGGACGACUCCUUCGACAGCCUGGACUCCAUCGGCUCACGCUCACGCCACACCCCCUCUCCCGACGGCCUGCUCGCCCGCGGCUCCAGCGAUGGCCGUGGCAGCGACUCGGAGUGUGACAUUCCCCACAGAAAGCUGCCGGACAUGCGGCGGGAUGAUAUGCUCGCACGGCGGACCUCGUGCAGCGAGCCACGAACUGCCUUGCCAUUUAACCAAUACCUGCCCAACAAGAGCAACCAGACGACCUACAUGCCCACACCACUGCGACGGCAGCGCACUGAGCGUGAGGACAACCGGAAAAGCUGGAGCAAUGCCACCUCCCCUAUAGGAGGAGAAAGACCUUUCAGUGAAAGUCAUUGUCUCACUCUAGAAUCGUUUCCCUCAGUAACCAGUGUAGACCCUCAGUAUGUAGAUUUAGCCUCUGAAGACUAUCCCUCUAAAAACCUCCUGUCUGAAGACUGUCACUCAAAAACUGACUCCCCCCUUGCUGACACCAAACUUUUACCCAAAACCCCACAAACUAGAGACUCCCAUCCCAGCGUAUCUCCAUCCCCUCCAUCUUCAGAAACCCAGGAGUCAGAGUGUACAGAAGAUGAUGAUCCAGAAGAGGAAAAGGAGAAGACAUCACUUACACCUAUUCAGAACCUGGCUUCCACCAUUGAAAGUCCAUUGUCCACUGUGGAAAAUGGAGAAGAAACUGACGAAAACAGCAUUUCCCCGAAGACCACCUCUCCUACACAGCUGAACGAUACAGGAAUACUCCAUCAUGAGUCAAGUACCACCACUGAUAUAAGGAGUAUGAGUAUGAUUGACAUGAGGAAUGAAGAGGACACCAUGCUGCCACCUCACAGUCAGGUUCGUCAUGAGCUGAUGCACGGCCAGUACACCCGGAUGAAGGAGGAGGAGAGCCACUGGCAGGACGACCUGGCACGUUGGAAGAGUCGCAGGAGGAGCGUGUCUCAAGACCUUAUAAAGAAAGAAGAGGAGAGGAAGAUGAUGGAAAAGCUGUUGAAUAAAGAGGACUACACACAGAGGCGAAAGAGUAUAAAGACAUACAGAGAGAUUGUCCAGGACAAGGAGCGGCGUGAGCAUGAGCUUCACGAUGCCUACCUGAGGGCUAGAACUCCAGAGGAGGCAGCUGCAGUGCUGGAGCGCUACGCUCAGCGUUUCACCAUCAGCGAGGCCGUUCUGGAGCGUCUCAAACUGCCCAAGUUGCUGGAGCGCAGUGUAUCAGCUGACCCCACACGGCUCCCCACCUCGCCCACCACCCCCGACCCCUUCACCUCCCCUUCUGGCCCGCUGCAGUACCUGCGGCAACAGUCACUGCCCACGCCCAAAUUCACCGCCACCGUAGAGGCCCGGGUAACAGGGUACGGAGCAGAGCAGGGGGAAGUGAGAGGAAGCUCAAGACCCUCCCAUUCAGGACGGAGUGGACCGUUUCAUGCCCCCACACCCUACGGGCAGGGCAAAGCGGUCAGCACUGGGUCAAGAUCGGCCAAGCGGGACGAAAUGGAGCGAGUGAACGGUGAAGCAGAAGAUGGUCACAGUGCCAGAGAGGAGGAGAGAGAGCAGGAUGUACAGAGAGAACGAGAGCGAGAGGAAGACUCUUCUCCUCUAGUGUUCUACCCAUCGCUCUCCCAGAACACAGGAGACUCAGACAGCACAGAACACUCCGUCUCAGAGACUCCACUUUCGGACAGAUACACAACCUCACACACACUGAUACACACUCCUGAGACAGAGUGUGUGGAGAGAGCAGACCCACAGGCAGCUGGACAGUGUGAGAUGCUGCCAGAAGCACAGAGUCAGGAGGAAGAGGAAAGAGAGAAAGAGCAGACGCCCAGCCGGCCUACAUCUUUACCUACGUUGCCAGCUGAGGUUGAGGAGGUUCCACAGACCAGGGAUGAGUCUUCACCCCAAAAAGAGGAGGAGCCCGGGACAGAAGCAUUACAAGAGAGUGAACAGUGUCCAGAGGAACAGACUGGGGAGAAUACUGAAUUGGCUGUAAUUAGUCAAAAUGGCACAAUCCAGACUCCAGAGAAGACACAGACUCCCACUCCCAUCGACACUGCAGCUAAAGAGGUCAGACCUGUACUGGAAUCUCCUCAGAGACCUGCAUACAAACCAAAACCGGCCAGUCCAGACCAACCUAAACACAAAACAGUCUGUGAACCUCCGGCAACAGAGCUGGACAACAGUGCCCAGCUUACACCGUUGUCCAGUAACCCUAAGUUACGCUGGGACUUCUUCACCUCAUCAGAACCUGCAGAGAAGCAGCACGGGAAUGUCGCUCCCGCGGUUUUGAAUCUGGUGAAGCGGGGUGAGCACUUUUCAUGGGACCCCGAGGAAGAGCGCAAACGGCAGGAAAGGUGGCAGCAAGAGCAGGAGCGCAUGCUUCAGGAAAAGUACCGUCGUGAGCAGGAGAAGCUGAAGCAGGAAUGGGAAAAGGCUCAGAAGGAAGUGGAAGAAGAAGAGAGGAGAUACCAUGAAGAGGAGCGCAAAAUCCUAGAGGAGACAGUGGCCCCUUUGACACCACAUUCACCUAUUCCACCUUCCCCCUGCUGGCAGGAGACCACCCCUCUUUGUGGCAGCCCCGCACAACACAGCAUUGUACGUUCACUGGCCGACUGGGAACGCAGGCAAGAGGAGCUGGAGAAGCAGACAACGGGGACCACUGAAAAAAGACAAAGGGAAAAGGAGAGGAGUGAAGCGACAGGGACAAAACAGGAGCUUUCCUGGAGCACUGGAAGCCCUCAACAACAGAGCAGUGACCAGCAGGUGGGUCAGCCCAAUGGACAGAGAGAAGGCACAGGAGUUCACAGCCAAGAAUCAGAGCAACAGCCGCCCAGUCAGAGUCUCUCAUGGAGUGAUAAGACUGAAAAUCAACAGCAAUCAUCAGAUUCCUGGCAAAAGAGUGGUUCACUGGACUGCAACAGGAAUAUACAGCCAGCAACUGCAGGGCGUAGAAGGUCUGACUCCAUAGAACAUGCUGGUGCAAAGUCAUCACAUUCAUCUUCAUCAUACACAGACACACAGCAGCCUCCUUCAUCACCAAACAGAUCCGUCAGUGGAAAGAAGCUGUGUUCGAGUUGUGGUCAUCCACUCGGCAAAGGAGCAGCCAUGAUUAUUGAGACUCUCAGCCUUUACUUCCACAUUCAGUGCUUUAAGUGCGGGAUCUGUAAGGGACAAUUAGGUGACACCACCACUGGAACGGAUGUGAGGAUCCGUAAUGGUCUGCUGAACUGUCAUCAGUGCUACAUCCGCUCCCGCUCUGCUGGACAGCCCACCACCUUGUGAGCAGGCUUUGUGUUUCAGGACCACAGUCUCUCUUACCCUCUACCAUGUCCGACAGUCAGCCCACCUGUAUGUUUGGUUAAGAAUAAUGCAAUAUUUUUUACGUAAAUUUUUUUUUUCCUUAAGCCCAAUGCCAAACGUGUGGCUGCCAAUGAGUAGGUGUACGAGAUUGUUAAAAGCCUGGUGCUGUCUUCAAGGGUAAAAUAACCAAAUCCUAUCUGAUCCAUUUCUGGGGCUGCAGUGGUUUAGUUCUUUAACAGAUUGUUCUAGGCAAUAGGCUUCUGUCACUUCUCUAAGUAAAUGUAUUUAUAAUUUUAUAAAAAUAUUUAUAAUUUGUUUAAGUUGGAGGUAUGGCAAGGAUAAAACACGUUACCAAUACUGUUUAUGUUUAUCACAAAAGCCCAUAUUAAGCUCAAUUUUGGCUCCAGAUGGAUCUAGUUCUGUUCUUUUUCUAUAUUUACUUUCCUGCUUCUUGUAACUGGAGAAAGCCUAGAAUUAUGGCCGCACUUGAUCGAUCGAUGUGAAGCCGUGUCUAAGUGGAGGCUGCAGUCGGUAGGCGGCACUGUACAAGCAAACAUUGAGGCUGUCUGCGCAGGCUGGUGAAGUCCUUAUUGAUGGUAACAGAAUUUAUCAAAUGAUAUGUCAGUCCUAAAUAGGACAGCUUCUGGGAUGUAAUGUACAAGAAAUCCAACCUUCUACACCAUCUCCUUGACCAUGAGACAAAAGUAUAGUAUCUCCCCUCUGGGGAGGCUCCAUUUAACACUGCACUGCCUAGUUUGUAUUUGGUUACUCCAUCUAUACCCUGCCUUCACUCAUUCAUGAUCACAAACAUACCUGCAACAAAUUCUGUACCUAUCAUCUUACUCUUAUAUCUUAUACAUUGGUAUGAGAAAGUUUGUGCACCCCUGAUCAUUUUCAUGAUUUUUCUUUAUAAAUCAUUGGUUGCUCGGAUGAGCAAUUUCAGUUAAAUAUAUCAUAUAGCAGAGGAACACAGUGAUAUUUGAAAAGUGAAAUUAAGUUUAUAGGAUUUAUAGAAAGUGUGUAAUAAUUAUUUACACAAAAUUAGGCAGGUGCAUAAAUUUGAGCUCCCCAACAGAAAAAUUACAUCAAUAUUUAGUAGAUCCUCCUUUUGCAGAAAUAACAUCCUCUAAACGCUUCCUAUAGCUUCCAAUGAGAGUCUGGCUUCUGGUUGAAGGUAUUUUGGAUCAUUCUUUUUUACAAAACAUCUCCAGUUCAGUCAGGUUUGAUGGUUUCCGAGCAUGAACAAUCCGCUUUAAAUCACACCACAGAUUUUCAAUAAUAUGCAUAACAUUGUACUUGUUCAGCGCAACUUCAACUUUCUCACUGAUUCUUGAACGUUGUUCUCAAGAAUCUGCUGAUAUUGACUGGAAUCCAAAUAAACCCUCAGCUUUAACAAGAUUCCCAGUACCUGCACUGACCCCACAUCCCCACAGCAUGAUGGAACCACAACUAAAUUUUACUGUGGGGAGCAGUAAAGUGUUUGCCUUGUAAUUUUGUGUUCCUUAUCAGCCAUGCAUACCGCCCUCCAAAUAACUCAAUUUUAGUUUCAUCAGUCCACAGCACCUUAUUCCAACAUGAAGCUGACUUAUCCAAAUGUGCUUCUUCUGAAAAAGCUAUUCAAAUUAAUAAAAAAACAGGGGUGCCCAGAUUUAUGCACAUGCCUAAUUUUGUUUAAAGAAUUAUUGCACACUUUCUGUAAAUCCUAUAAACUUCAUUUUGCUUCUCAAAUAUCACUGUGUUCGUCUGAAAUAGAAUGUAUUUAACUGAAAUUGCUGAUCCGAUCAGCAAUCAGGGGUGCCCAUACUUUUUCAUACCACUGUAUUUAGCUCUGCUUGGCUUUGCAGAUGGCAGAGUGUAAUUAACAGAAGUAGUUUCAUUAGUAUCAGGUUGAUACUAAAUAAAUGAACACAUCUAAACAUUUGAUACCUGAAUAGCUUCCUCGCCAUCAUGCUGAUUGAAGCUGUAAACCCCUCCCCACCCCUAAUCUGACUGGAGGCCACAGCUGAGGUCUGCACUGAUUAGUGUAGUCGUCAUCAAUUAGUACAAUAAGAAUGUGUUUUUGAAUGGCAAAUUAAGAAAUAAGGAUGUGUUUGUGUGAUCCUAAAUGGGAGGAGCCAUGUGUAGAGCUGAAGCUAAGCCAUUCCUAACUAGGCAAGUGUAAAUUAAGUCUUUGCAUAAGGGAAAAACCAUUACAGGAAAUCAUGGUGUGGGGACUUAUUCAAACAUGAAACACUUGUGAGUGUGAACAGCUGGCAGUUGCUACAUUUUUUAAUAUUUUAACUAAAUCAGUUGUAAGCUGUCCAAGUACAUAUUUUGCUUGUGCAGUUCUAUAGAUGACCUGACAUCUGAGAUUUGAGUUGAGUUGAUCUCCACAGUCUAUUUGAAAUAAAUAGCAAGAGAUCCAUGUUUUUUAUGGAUACAAACAUGCCGUCUUAGUGCAGCCUUUCUUGGGUUUUAGGCAAAGACUGCACAAAACAACUGACGCAGUGUGGUUCCAUUCUUUUCCAUUCUAUAAAAAUGAAAAUAGAAUUGUCUGCGUGUUGUCAAAUUUGGAAUCAGAGUCUGUGCAUUAGAGACCAGUGGCAGAGUCAGAGGCAGAUAAACACAUUCCCUGAGCCCAGAACAGAUGUAUUAGAUGCCUUCAUUGACUCUACAGCACAACCUAAAGGAGGCAAAGCGUUAUUUGUUUCCACUGGACACCCGGUUUGUCUAUUAUUUUGGGUUUUUUUUUUAAUUAACAAAAGUAACACAUUUUUAAAAAUGUCUUUAUUUUAAUAAGUCAGCUUGCACCUGUGACAAUUAAAGGAAGAAAUAAUAACAUUUUAAGUGUUAUUUAGAAUUUUGGAGUACAAAUACUACCGAAAGAUCCUGUGUGUUUCAGCAAAACGGUUUCAGUCACUUCAAGUGUAACCCUACUUUCCCACAGUAUAUUAAAAAAAUAAUAUUUUUUUAGGAGAAAAUGUGCCAAUAUUAGCACAGGAAUACUAGAUGUUAGAAUUUAAAUAAAAUUAGCACUAAGUCUGUGAUGGCUUUACCUCUUAGAGAUGUGGCAUCCAUUAUUUCUACAGUCACUGGUUUUAACCAAAGUGUGUGCAUUCCACUUAAAACCAGGACUGAUGAAACGACUAAAUCUCCUCUGGUUUUCCAGUUUUGUUUGUGUGUAUCUUAAUUAAAUUCUCUGAUGUUUUAAGAUAUUUUGCUCCAGUAGUGGUGGGAAUGUUAUUGCUCUGAAAAAAUACAAACGUGCCUUAGAGUGAAAGAGCAAUCUCACAAAAAAAAUAUUUUUUUCAAAUCCAAAGACUUGUCCUUAAGUAAGGUGAAAGAAUUGACUGUUAUUUGGGCUGUGGAGAAAGAGGCUGAACAGAUUGCACAAGUACCCAGGCUCAAGCAUUUCACAGUUCUGCACUCUUGAACAGCAACCACCAGGCAUUGUACAUAUAUAUUGUAGUUUCAUACUGUUUAUUGUGUCAAUCAUGAAGUUGUUAAUGACCAUAUAUACAGUCUAUGCUACUGUAAGUUCACUUAGGAAAGACACUUUGCUCUAAACUUUAGAUGCGUAUGCCACAGCCUCAGGCUGGCCUGGAUGAGUUUUGAAUGAUAAAGACAGAGGACAAAAAUAGCAAAGCUGGCGUAAAUGAUCCGUUGGCAUCAUUUGAAAUAUUGCUCACGACUAGCAAUAUCGAUUGUUAUAACUGUUUUAGAAUCAAGUUCCUGCCUCUAAACCACUCAUGUCAGUGCCACUAGCUAUGCUUUACACUAACCAAUAUGAAUUACUAGCUAUUACUCUACUAUGAUUUGCACCUGACCAUGAGGGCAUCAAAGUCAUUUUCACCUUUCAAGAAUUUCAUAUUGAUCAUAUUGGACAUUUUAAUAUGCAUCCUAAUUUUGUAGAUAGUAAGUGUUCUGCGCUUUGGGUCUGGUCAUGUAGCCAUUUUACAUUUUAUUAAGUAUUAUAUAGGCUGCUACCGAGUGGAGGAAUAUUGUCUAGGAUAAAUAGCUACCUUGGAAAUAAUAUUCUAUGAGUCUAAGGUAUAUUUAUUGUGAUACUCAACAGUACACUUUACGAAUAUAGAAUACUUUGAUGUUAAAAUGCAAUGGCUUUACACUAUACUAUGUUUAUAAAUAAACUGCUGAAAUCUGAA